AUGGCACCGCCCUCAAUGGCAUCGGUAGAAGUUGGAGACGCACCUCCCGAGGGAGAGGGCAAGGUCAGAAGGUGCUUCUUGACACCCAAUGAGCUCGUGGAAGGACCUGGCCAUGGCAUCAAGACCAUGGUCGACAUCUUCGACUUUGCAUACAAGAAGUACACCAACAGGCCCAUUGUCGGUUCUCGAGAGCUGAUCAAGAUGCACACCGAAGAAAAGGAAAUCACAAAGAAGGUUGAUGGAGAGGACGUAAAGGAGAUGAAGAAGUGGCAGUAUUACGAGCUGAGUGAUUACAAGUUCCUUACUUAUGCCGAGCUUGACAAGAAGAUCCAGUACGCCUCCAGUGGUCUCCGCAACAUCGGUCUCACCACUGAGACUCGCUUCAACAUCUACUCUGCCACCACUGCCAACUGGCAGGUCCUUGCUCACUCUUGCUUCCGUCAGAACAUUCAAUUUUGCACAGCCUACGAGACACUGGGAGAGGAAGGUCUUGCUCACUCGCUCAACGAGCCAGAGGUCGUUGGAAUCUUCACAAAUGACAACCUCCUCGAGACCCUGGCCAAUACGCUCCCCAAGACGGAGACUGUCAAGUACGUCAUCUACGAUGGAAAGCCGUCUAAGGAGGUCCUCAACAAGGUCAAGAAGGGUCUCGAGGGCAGGGAGGGCAGCCGUCUCCUUUCCCUCGACGAGCUUAUUGCUGACGGAGAGCAGAACGUGGCCAAGCCGAAUCCUCCCAAGGCAGACGACAUUGCCUGCAUCAUGUACACCUCUGGCUCCACUGGUGCUCCCAAGGGUGUAAUCCUCACCCAUGCCAACCUGGUUGCAUCGGUCGGUGGUGUUGCGCAGCUGCUGGGUCCUUUCCUGCAACCUGCAGACACCUUCCUGGCCUACCUGCCCCUGGCCCACAUUCUCGAAUUCGUCGUGGAAUGCGCUCUCAUCUUCGUCGGUGUGACCAUGGGUUACGGAUCCGUCAAGACGCUCACUGAUGCCUCGGUGCGCAACUGCCAGGGUGAUCUAGUGGCGUUCAAGCCCUCGGUCCUGGUAGGAGUUCCUGCUGUGUGGGAGACUAUCCGAAAGGGUAUCAACCAGAAGCUCAGCGCUGCGCCCGCCUUUGCUCGGGGAAUGUUCAGUGCCGGUAUGACAGUCAAGCGCAACAAGAUUCCGCUUCUCUCCAGCGUCUUUGACGCUCUCGUGUUCAAGAAGGUGCAGGCAGCAACUGGAGGCCGUCUGCGACUGGCUCUGAGCGGAGGAGCAGCCAUCUCCCGGGAGACGCAGGAGUUCCUGGAUCUGGCCGUGGUGAAGCUGCUGCAAGGAUACGGAAUGACCGAGUCUUCUGCCAUGUGCGCCAUUGUCACGCCGGACUUCCACAACGAGUACGGGACAGUGGGUGUGCCGGUCCCUUCGAUUGAGGUGAAGCUGAAGGACGUGCCCGAUGCUGGAUACUUCUCCACCAACAACCCACCUCAGGGUGAGGUCUUGAUUCGAGGCCCUGCAGUGACCAAGGGUUACUUCAAGCGGGAAGAGACUACCAAGGAAACGAUCAGCGAGGACGGCUGGCUGAUGACAGGAGACGUGGGACAGUGGAACCCCAAUGGUACUCUGAGCGUCAUCGACCGAAAGAAGAACCUGGUCAAGCUGCAAGGAGGAGAGUACAUUGCCAUUGAGCGGCUCGAAUCGACGUACAAGUCUUGCUCGCUAGUGCAGAACAUGUGCGUGCACGCCUCGCAGGAUGCCAGCAAGCCAAUGGCCAUUGUCUUCCCCCGCGAAGGAGACUUGCAGAAGCUCGCCUCCUCCAAGAGUCUGGGUGGAAAUGGAGAAGACCUGGCUACCCUCUGCAAGAAUCGUAAAGUGGCAGCGGCGGUGAGGGAGGAGUUGAACAAUGUGGGCAAGAAGAAUGGAUUCAAGCCAAUGGAGAGUCUUCAAGAGGUUCUGCUGGUGCCGGAAGAGCUGCCAAUGACGGCUGCGCAGAAGUUGCAGAGGAAAGAGGUGACGGAGAAGUACAAGGAGGAGAUCAAGAAGAUCUACCCGUGA